CAGGCUGGAUACGGAGGGCAGCCUCUCCCCCUGGCAGCAAAGAAGCAGAGCUGGAGCGAUCCCUUGGCUCUGGUGAGAGGAAGAUGAAGGUCCUGCUGAUGCUGGUGAUGCUGUUUGCCUGCAGUGUGCUCACAGCUCGUGGGAAGCACCCAAGAGCCUUCACCCCGGGACUGGAGGGAAGCACCGUGGGCAACCUGACAGCCCAGAGCUGCUCCUCGGGACGGGGCAGUGGCAUGACGAGGUGCUGCCUGCUUCGCUCCUGCUGCUACGCCAGGCUGGCUGCUCGGCGGUGCCGUGUGGGACCCAUCCAGCCGCUCUCAGCAUCCCCUCCAGGCAUCCCCAGCUGCAGAUCUGGGUCCUGGUGCCAGCGAGGUGCCUGCAGAUGUGACCGAGCGGCUCGGCUCUGCCAGAUGCGCAGCCGAGGGCUGCUGCAGCCGCGCCGCAAGUGCCGCGGCCGGGCCGGGAGGUGCUGAAGCCGAAGAGCUCUUUGCGUAAGCCACCUCCAGGCUGAUAAGCCAAGGGACGGCGCCCAGAACAUUCCCCAACCCUGGCGGGGCUCCUCUUUUGGAGCCUUUCCUUUGGCUCGGACCGGAGGACAACAACAACCCUCCGGGGAAGCGGCGGCGGCGGCCGCUGGGUGCGAGCAGGGCGAGCGGCGCAGAUGCAUCGCUUCGGCCGAGCAAAACAAGGGAGGGGUUGGGCACCUGCGCUGCCGAGGGGGAGCUGGCAACCAGCGAGAGCCUCUCCGCUCAUUUCCUCUCGGCUCCGCUUCCCACGCAGCCUCUCAGCUCCCCCUGCUUGCUGUUCCGUGGGGUUUUCUUUUGGGUUGCUUCACCGCAGAUUCUCUUCUGUUCUCUUCUGCUGCCGGGAAAUAAAAGCAGAGAGUGCAAAA